CAUUUCCUGCUGAUGGUUACCGAAGAUGAGUGAAAAUGGGUCAGAAAACAUCUUCGUUAGCCUCCAAAGUAUCCAAGUCUGUAUCAUCUUUGUUCACUGGUACUGGGGACGAUAGCCAGACAUGCCAAAAUAGACUUGCAGUGACACCAUUCGUCUUCAAGCGUUCAGGGUCCAUGUACUUUGAUGAAGAUGGUGACCUUGCUCACGAGUUUUAUGUUGAAAUUAUUGAAGGCCACCAUCAUUAUAUGAAAAAGCAGAAUCGUAACCUUCGCCCUCAGGGUGAAGUUGACCUUCCUCAUCCCCGCCUCAAUGCAGAUUUUCCUAUUGUGAUAUGUGAAGCUCCACGGUGACACAGGACUGGGGGACACCAACACUGUGUGUCCACACAAAAAGUAGGCAGAUAAAAGGAAAUGUGGAAAACAGCUGAAAUCUAGUCAAAUCUCAAGGCUUCUUGAAACUUACAUAACCAGAUCUAAAAUGUCUACAGUGAUGUGCACGAAAACCAUUCCUGACUGUUUUUGUUGGGAGAAAAUAGGCAUGGUAUUUCGGUCCAUGUCAAUCGAGGAUAUUGUCAUAAUGUACCAUAACAGUUACUCACUAAGUGUCACUGACUUAUAGAAAAAUUAUCUUGGAAAAAUGUUGAAUUGUUCUCUUAUUUAAUCAGGCAAUUAGCUCAUAUUUACUGAAUAAUAGAUGAAACAUUUUUCUUUGGGCGUUCUGUAAAAAGCUACAUAAACCAAUUGUGAGGCUCAAAACAAAGCUUUAAUUUGCAGAAAGUUUAACAGGUAUAAUGAAUUUGGUUAAUAACUUCAUUCUUUGAACUUAAAAUCUCUUAUCUUGGAAUUAAUUUCUGGAACACUUUUGUCAGUCACGAUAACCACUAAAGGUGGUAGAUAGCUCUCUGAAAACCAUGUCAUAUACAGAAAAUUAUAUAUAUAUAUAUAUAUGCAUACCGGUAUAUACACAUUGUGAAAAAUCUCACUUUUGUGAAUAUAAAAUAAUUUUGCAGUCAAAACUACAUGGCAUGUUUAUGAACCAUUUUUUGGUUCAAAUUUGUUUUUCCCAUUUUAAAAUAAUAUGUUGUUCCCUUUUGUUGUCAGAAUGGUCAUUAAUAUUGCCCAAUUCAGAUUGGCUAUAUCUACCACAGAUAAUGUUUUGUUCGUAAAACAGAAAUUUCUCGCAUGGUUUCCUAUGGAAAACACUGGUGGAAGUUAGGGAUUAUGUGGAUGAACACUAGUACUGUGACGACUUUGUGUGUAAGCUGAUAAACAUAUAGAUUAUGUUUUGGUACCUAUAUUAAGAGGUUAUAUGUUUACCUGUUAUGCUGUAAUAAUCUACCACCAGUUUAUGUAUAUAUAUGUUAUAUAAUUAGGUUGUAUAUAUAUUUAUUUAUUUUCGUCAGCUGUGAUGUGUCCAUCAGACUUAUGCAGAUUUGAAUACACAUACAUAGAGGAUGAAUAUGGAUUUCAAAAAUAGUUGCAACUUCAUAGCUGUAUUCUGUUUCGUGUAUUGUAAAUUCAUGUGUACAAUACAAUUUGACAGAGACAAUGGAGAUCGAUACUAAGGGAAGCUAUAUUGCUCUCGGACUCAAAUGAGUCAUGUUAGGAUGUGAAGGCACCCCUACAGCAUUCUUUAUUAAUGUGUUUAGAACUUACUGCGAAGUUUGAGAGUUACUUUUAUCUGCAAAUGUAAUUUGUUCCAAUUAUACAGAUCUCUUAUGUGUGUAAAAAUGUAACAUGACGUGGAAUCGCCAUGUCUUCAUGCUUUGUACAAUGUAACAGUAUAUACAGGAAAAACAGAUAUCCAAUUGUUUCAUCUAAUGUUAAGUGAUAUAUUCAUAUUUUUUUUUAGUUAUAACUUCUAAAUUACAUUGACAAAUUAACUCACUUGAGAAACGAGAAAAACUUUAAUUGUCAUGGAGACAAAAGAAAUAAAAUUAAAAUGUAUGUCUGACAUUCUGAUAAGGAAAGAAAGAAUAACAAUUAACCAGAAUAAGCCUCCUUAUGAGCUCCAUGUCAUAUUGAAUUGGUAAAAUCUAGGUUAGAAAAUUAAAUUUUAUCAUAGCUUAUUUUUGUAUGAAAUGGGACAGAUUCAAGAUUGUUUAAAAGCAUAUUAUAAAACUUUUAUCCAAAUUAACAUGUACCAGCAAAUUGAUAUCUGCAUUUCAGCAAAUUUAAGAAAUGGCUUUUCUAGAUCUCGAUAUGAGUUAUAGCAAAUGUGACAAGAAACUCCUCUGAAACUCCUCUAGGAAUCUACCCGAUGAGUUCAAGGUGACAAAGAAACUUGCUCAGAUAAUAAUAGUUACCUCCCUUUAUGCAUGACAUUUUAUGAAUGUAUCCUACAGAUUAGUCAAAGGUUAACGUUGUUACUGAGGGAAAGGACAAAAUAAAAUGUACUAUAUUUAUUAGUGAAACAUCUGACAUUCAAAUAAACAUUUAAUGGUGAAACAGUAUGCACUUCUGGAAUUCAGAAAAUAAAUCAAGAUCAAUUAUUAAUUUUUAUAUGUAUAAGACAUGGAUAUUUCAUUACAAAUUUGUAUCAUCUCAUUUGUAGAUAAAUUGUCAUGAUAUUAAUUUUUCGAUAAAACAUUUUGCAUUUGUACUGAACUGUUACAAUUGUUACAGUACAUUGAUGUGAAUUAUUGUGUUACCUGUUUACACACGUGCCAUUCCUUGAGUUGCUUGUGUAAUUGUGAUAUGCCAACACCUUAAUAUCCCUUGUUCCGAACAACUGGUGGAAUAUAUUACCUAUUUGUGACUAAUGGUCCAAAAUUCGUGUCAUUCUAUUUGUGAUGUAUGAUAAGGUUUCCUGACCGAGACAUUAAGGUAGAUGUAACACAGCCAAUCACUCAAUUCUUUGAUGAUUUAGUAAAUCUGGUUAUAUUUAUCACAAGCAGGUAAUAUAUUCUCUUUUAAUAUUUCUAUAACAAAACAUCCUACAUAUAUAGAAUUCCACAGUUCCUCAGACUAUUAAUGAUAACUUUACUAAAUUUGAUAAGAGGCUUUGUUAAGUGGAUAUUUUUAUCAGAUUAAUGUUUUUAUGUGAGGCUUUGACAAGAGAUAACGUGAUAUACAUGGUUUGUAUAUUUGAAUAACUGCCAACAACAAGGCUCACAAAGAAGUGGAAUGAAGAGUCGCCCUGAACUUUUGAUGUUACACUUGCGUUAAGUUGGCAAAACAUGGUGCAGAAAAAUAAUUUAAGAUGUAAAGUAAUUAAGAAACUACACAACAGUUAUGUACUCAUUCAAAUCCUUCCUACUGAUAAUAGUUCUGUCUGUUAAUCAUUUUGGUGAUAAUUCUUAGGCCUACUUAGUGUAUAAAAAUCCUGGAAUUAUUUACUGACAAUUUCUAUUGAGGUCUUAUACGUACAAUGAUAUUAAAAUUACAGAAAAAUGCUGAACCACAAUAUUUUAGAUAAUGAUUCUUUGUCUUAAAUAUUGUGGUUCAGCAUUUUUCUGUAACUUUGAUAUCAUUGUACAUAUAUAUCUGUAUCAUACACUGACAGGUUAAAGAAACAGAUAUUAAUCUUGGUAUAUUUGGGUAAGACAAUACUUGAGGGUUUAUUUUAGGUAUAUCAUAUUUGUAUUUUACAUAUUCUGUCUCAGGAUAAUUUUGUUACCAUUGCAAAAGGAUUGUAAUUACGAAUUACACCAGUUUACUGCGUUUACGGUCAAUAUAAUGUCUGUUUCACCAUAUCAAUAUUUUGAAUUUUUUUUUUUUUUUUUUUACUUUUUCAUUUUUUUAGGUGAAUCAAAAUGUUAAAAUUAAUACAAAAUAAUAGAUCAUGUAGAAUUCUAUUUAGACAAGAAGAAAAAUGAUUGUUACAAGUAAUAAUAUAGAUGUUACAAUGUUAUAUAUGAACAAUUUUGCAAUAUCAAAUCAGUGUAUACAUGUAUAUGUAGGUAACAGCAGUGUACUAGAGAAAGUGUUCUGUUACCAUGUAUCUAGUGAGAGAUUUGUGAUAUUGAUACCCUCAAUACAUUGUUGAUGUUUGGUGUUGUUCCAAGGGUCAAAUGGAAUCAUACAGAUAGAUUGCAAUAUACAGCAAAGAUGAUAUGUGACAACCAAUUCAAAAUAUCUAAUGUUUCUUAGAUAAUAAAAAAGGUUGGAGAAAUAAAUUUAGGUAAUAAAGUAAAAAAAAUAUUGAAAUAAAGCACUUCUGCUUCAUAAUGUCUUUGUAAGUUGAGUAAAUUGGGGCCGCGGUGGGCGAGUGGUUAAGGUGUACCGACACUUUAUCACUAGCCCUCCACCACUUGGUUGCGAGUUCGAAACCUACGUGAGGCAGUUGCCAGGUACUGACCAUAGGCCGGUGGUUUUUCUCCGGGUACUCCGGCUUUCCUCCACCUCCAAAACCUGGCACGUCCUUAAAUGACCCUGGCUGUUAAUAGGAUGUUAAACAAAAACAAACCAAAAUUGUAAAUUGAGUAGAAACAAGUGAUUAAAACAUAAAAUAUUGACUUGUAACACAGAUUUUAAAUCUUAACCUGUUUUUCAUUUGCAUGUAACGUUCAACUUUGAUCAUGGUUUUUGAUUUAUGGUGUGAUGGAAAGUGUGAAACAAUCACAGAUUUAUUUGUAUUAUAGAGAUCUUUCCUGGAGUACCUUCCCUUUAAUCAGUACAAGAUUUUCCACAGUUGCAAUCUAACAUUUUUUGAGAAUCAUGAUUUAUUGUUCCUUCCUGUCUGUAAAAAUUAUGAAUGCUAGAAACUAAAAACUCCAAGAAAUUAAUACAUACAUUGGGAAAAAGUGUCACGUUAACACUAAUGGUAGAUAUUACUUACUGUUAUGUUAUGCUAAUAUUAUGUAGGUUCUGGAAUUGUGUCGUGUUAUGAUAAAAUGAAUAUACAUGUACACAUAAAAAUCAGAAACAUGUAUCUGUGUAUAUCUAUCAAAAUAUAUUUUAUGAAUUCCUUUAUUUAUUUUGUGAGAAUGUGUGUUUGAAUCCAAAACUUCCAUAUUGAUGGAAACAUUUACAGGAAGCUGUUUCUCCUCGUUACAUUCCUGUACAAUCUGGACCAAUAGUUACACAAGUUGAGGAGUAACCUAUAAAUCACUAGCUAGCUCUAUGAUAAUCACCAGUAGUAUAAUAGUAGUUUAUAAAUGACACAGAACUUUUAAGCAGAUACAUUUAAAAGUUAAAAUGUUUGCUUAUGUAUUCCUGGAGAGUUGUGCGAUAUUAAAUUUUAGGUUGUGGUGAUAAAAUGGCUUUCCCUGUGUAGUAAAGUUUAACCUUAAGAUAUUUUGUGAAAGCACGGAUAAUAAAAGUGACUUCCCAAGUAUUAAAACUUGUGAUGACAGGAGAAUUUUGUGUGAUGUUGAAUGCAUGAAUUUCAUAUUAUGUGAUAAUUGCUGUAUAUUGUAUACCAUACCUUAUUUGAAAUAAACAUUGUAAUAUGACUUAA